UUUUACAAUUUUAUUUACUWCCAYAACYCACUAGCAGUAUAAUAAUAUAUUUAUAUUAUUGUUUUUCUUUUAUUGUGAAACAAGAGUACAAGACCUUAGUACCUCACUGAAAAGUUUCUAUAAAUCAUUGAAUAUGUCUUAUAUGUUAGCGCAUUUGUUUAACGGCUGGCAAGUCGAUCAGGCGAUUCUCUCGGAGGAAGAUAGAGUGGUUGUUAUUCGUUUUGGUCACGAUUGGGAUCCUACAUGCAUGAAAAUGGAUGAAGUUUUGUAUAAUAUUGCAGAAAAAGUGAAGAACUUUGCCGUCAUAUAUUUAGUAGACAUCACCAAAGUACCAGAUUUUAAUAAAAUGUAUGAAUUGUACGAUCCAUGCACAGUUAUGUUUUUCUUCCGUAACAAGCAUAUUAUGAUUGAUUUGGGUACUGGAAAUAACAAUAAAAUUAAUUGGGCACUUGAAGACAAACAAGAAAUGAUAGAUAUUGUUGAAACAGUGUAUAGAGGUGCCAGAAAAGGCCGUGGUUUAGUUGUUUCUCCUAAAGAUUACUCUACAAAAUAYCGUUACUAAAUAGUUAAAACAUACAAGUUAUAUCUUAUACUGUUUUUCUUAUAUAAAUGUAAUUUAUUGUCUGUGUGUGGUGUGUGUAUAUAUAUAUAUAUGUAU